GAGUGUUCGCCAUUCAAAGUCAGCGAACCUCGUCAAGGACCUCACAGGACAUUGUUUUGAGCUCAAGUGCCUAUUCCUCGCCGGAAAGGACGCAGGAAAUGCUUCAAGGAGGUUCCCGGGAUUUUCAGAGGACAUUCCCAGCUUUGCAUUUAGAGGCGUCGAGGGAUAACUCGCAGAAUGAAGAAAUUCCCCUCGCCUCGAAAAGGAUUUAUUUCAAGGAGUCCAUAGACGACCUCACGUCUUCCAAACACAUGGAUCACCUCGAAGGGAACAAUAUCGAAGUCAGGCCGGGCGAAUAUUAUCGGAGCAUCGUACCGACGAAAAGCGAAACCAUGUCGGGGGAAGAUCAAGGGGCUCCGCAGGAAAAGAACUCCUCGACGGGGCCCCAGCAUCCGUUGGACCUGUACAAUCGAUCUCCGCAACACGUUCGAUUUUUGAGUACCCCGAGACAAAGUCGACAAGAGAUCCCCAGGAUCUAUAGCGAUCACGCUCCUCCUCCGGUCCUGCAAACGGUCUCACCAGGGCGCCAAGCGAAUCCUGACAUCCAGGACAUCAUCACGAGCAUCGUCAAUUUGCUCCACGGAAACGUCAACGUUGUUGCUAACACUGCCAGACCUUUAAGGCCCAUCCAACCCACGAGGAUCAACAAUAGGGGACCACCUAGGAUAAACGAUGUGCCUCCUUUGCCGCCGGAUUUCGAUACUCCUGGAAUGAAUCCGCCACCUCCGGUUGAUCUACCUUAUCCUUUCGAGAAGCCACCUGCACCUGACAGGCCUUCGGUGAAUCAGCUUCCCCCUGAACGACCUGUUAGGCCUUUUCUAAACGGAGUUCCGAUCCCGGAGCAGAUCAUUCCUCAAGGUAACAGGCCUUGGAAUCGACCUCACAGGCCAGGUGCCACUCGAAGACCAAUUCCACCUUACAAGCCGUUACCUCCGAUGGAUUCGGCUCUAUUCCACGAAAAAGAGUACCCAGAGAAUCAAAAGCACCCAGAAAAGCCACAUUCUGGAUCCAAGCCUCCUUCGGAACCAAAGCCGGAAGUCCCGAGUACCGAACAAGAUUCCGGAAACAAGGAAAACAUCGAGGGCGAUUCUCACCACAACGUCGGCACGAGACUUCCGGAAAAGGAGGUGACAACUGCGUCGCAAACACCGGAAGCAACGAAGACCUCCGAAGAAGUCCCCGAGACCAUGAAAACGAGCGAGAAGAGGCCGGAAGAGACCACGAAGAAGCCGCAGAAGUAUCAGCCCCCGCUGAAGGAGAACAAAGUCAUCCCCGAAGACACCCUGAUCCUCGGUUCCACUCCCCAGUCCUUCUCAAUUCCAAAUUCGGGAUCCGGUACCUCGAAACCGAGCCAAAACAAGGAACAAGGACUACCAAAGCCCGCAACACCUUCACCAGGUCCUGCGGAGACGAAGACAAAGCUGAAGAUCAACGAAGCUCAGGUUGAACCUUCGCGACCUGGUGGAGGCGCCGAAAGUGAUGGCCAUUCAAACAAGCCGGAUGUUCCUGAGAUCACUCCUCAGACCACUUCUCAGACCACGAAGAUCAUUUCUCAGAUCACUUUGAACGUGGAAACUAGCUCCUCGGUUCAUGUCAUAGAACCUACCCCUUCUAUUGGGGUGCAUUUCCAGAGUACCACCGAAGUUAAUCCUACGGUGGUGCUUCUGGAGAACCAAGGAACCUCGAAGUCGACCACUGCCACUUCGAUUGAUCUGGAGCCCAGCAAACCGGCAAUGGACGGCUCGGAAAAAUCGACUUCGAUUCCCACGGAUGUCUUAUCUUCCGGCACUUCGACUUCGACGAAAAUCACCACCUUGCCUGACAGUACUGUCAGGCAGGAUUUGACGUCUACUGUCAUGAAGACCAAGAGCACUGAUAGACAGUUACAACUGACGCUCCUCAGGAGCCGAGAGAGCAGGGCUAAGGAUAAGACAAAGGGUAUUCCUGUUGCGAGAUACAAUUUUGCUGACAUAGAACUAACGCUGCGAAGCGGUGUCCAUCAAUGUUCCCAGGGUGCGGCGAGUGCGCGCCCUGAAGAUUACCCUUAUCGGCCAAGACCAGGAAUCGUGCUGGAUGACACUCUGGAUUAUAAUGGUUCCCAAGGACUGGCCACUCAUAGACCAUAUCCUGCGACCAGAUAUCCCCAAAUUGGUGAUAUCUUCGAUGUGACGGUUUCAGCAAUUCAAGGACCCGGUGGCGGAACUUCAGAGAGCGUCAGAGUGCCUAUCAACCCUGGAGGAAGUGACGUCAUCUUGACAUCGGCCGUUGAGGGUCAAGGAUUCGUUAGUAUAGACGGAAAGAGAACUUAUUUGAAUUUAUUCGAUAAUACCGAUUCAACUACCGAACCAACUCGUCCUCACAUCCAGCCAACCAGGACGCACGGUCCGAUACUCGGUACUGGCUUUGCGGUGGCUCAACCAGAUGCACCUGCAGUUCCCACACAUCCGACAGUACCGAAUAGAAGACCGACUUUCCACCGGAGACCCACUCAACCACCUGUACGAAUUGACACUUGCAUUGUCGGUGAUACGAGUACUUGCGAUUCGAGUCAACAUGAAGCAUGUGCAACAGUUCAAGGAGUUUCCGCAUGUCAUUGCAAGCCGGGAUACGCGAGAUUGCAGCAUUAUCUUCCCUGCAAAAAAAUCAUUAGCAUCGUGGUGUCCAUCAGGGUGGAUAAGAUUUACGAACGGAAGAUAGUGUGGGACCGAGGGCUCGGUGAUAAGGACUCCGAAUCUUAUCAGACUUUGGCGUACGAAGCCAACAGAGCGAUCGAGUCAGCCAUGUCGAUGACUCCAUUUUCGGACGAGUAUAUGGGAUCCUCGAUUAAUACCGUGUACCAUGGCGACGUUAGCCAAGGUCAAGGUGGAGUCUUCGUGAAUGCGACAAUAAAGCUCACCUACGAGCCCAGAACUGCGAGGCCUGCUUUAGCUGGAGAACUGCAGAAACAUCUUCUGGGAGUCAUCCACAGAAGAAACAAUAACAUCGGAAAAAGUGUCCUUUACGUGGACAGUCCUACUGGAUCGAUCUCGAAUCUGCAAGAUCUGGACGAAUGUGCCUCUUCGGAGUUGAAUGAUUGCCACUCCUCGGCAGCUUGCACGAAUACCUGGGGUGGAUUUACUUGCACAUGUAAUCCUGGAUUAAAGGACCCUCACAAGGACGAUCCCACUGAGGCAGGCAGGACCUGCCUCUCCUGUCCAUCGAGUCAUUGUAAAAAUAGAGGGAAAUGCUCGUAUCAGGGUGACCAGAUGUACUGCACAAUACUGAAACAUGAACCUUUUACGGAACCGAUGGGUCCCACGCGACCGAAUUCUGGGAUUUAUGGAUAUCCGCAGAUGAACAUUCAUAGUACAUUGCCCCCGGUACCAUUGCCAAGACUUAAAGCACCACCAAGACCUAGACAAAGACACCAGGAGCUUGACAACUCUGAUUCCGAACUCCAGGACAAAGAUAGGGCUGAUUUAAUUCCCCAGAAUAAUGGUUUCCACGUUCCGAGACCGAAAUCGAGAUCCUCCGUGGCGAAUCAAAGUGGGAUUUACUACGACGUGGAUUACGACCAGAGCGAUUCCCAUCAUUUAUCAAAGAACAACAUCCCACUGUCAACAUAUAGCACGUCGAGGCCGUACUACAGAACAUAAGAUUAAGGACGAGUCAAG